AUGGAUGCUACUGAUUUGUUUAAAAAUCGAAAGCGAGUAAAAAGAGGUACACAAUGUCUCUUUGACUCCCUACCAAAAGGAAUUAAAGAAUCAGAACUACCAGCAGCCACUAACCAUAGACAGACUGUUCAAGAUCGAACCUGUCAGUGUGAAACUUCUAAUGCCCUUGAUUAUGAAGCAUCAUACUACUCCUCCAAACAUACGCUUAAUCAGUCCGCUCGGACCACCCAGCUUGCUUAUGAAAUAAAUAAUUCAGAAAACGCAUCCUCUUCGCUGUUUAGUGAAGUGUCGGAUUUAAAUGAUCUGCUGGAAUUUUCAUCAAUAAGUCUACCAAACUUGACCAAAUCGCAUUUGGAUUUACAAUCCUGCCUUCCUAGAUGGAAGAGUGCAUUGAACCUGCAUGAAUUCCAAAAUUUUCCAAAAAUGAAUCAGUCAUUUGAGUCGUCGGAUCGCAUUAUAUCUACAGACUCGUUGGAUAAUCUUUUGUCAUCAGCAGUAAAGCAAACUGAUAAAAUGAGCCAAAGAUUCGAUUAUACUUCAGCAAAUGAACUCUUUGUUCCUGAGUUCAUACCACUUCCGACUAUUAAAUCACCAGUAUCGAUUAGUAGUACAGAAGUUGAAAAAAUAUGUGGGAAGGAAAAGAAUCUAGCAAAAUCAGCUAGUUUAGUGAACCUGUUUAAUGCCAGGUCAUAUUUGCAAGAUCGUAAAAGGCCAUCAUAUUACCACGUCAAUCAACCAACAGAAGAAGAACACGUUAAACAGAUGGAGGAAUUUGUUGAUGUUAAGUCAGACGUCGAACAAGAUGUUCUCACAAUCGUCACAUCUCUCGGUUCCUCUCCGACAUCCAUUGUCCCCAAGGAGGAUGAGAUUAUCAUACCCAUGUAA